AUGGGAAGACACAUCAUAACAGGAUUUGCCUUGCUUUUCUUCUUAUCCAAAAUUACCAAAUUAGGUUCGUGUGAAGGAUGCAUUGAAUCAGAGAGGCAAGCUCUUUUCAAAUUCAAAGAAUCCAUUCUUCAUGAUCCACAUAAGAUACUUUCCUCCUGGGAUCCCAAAACCAACUGUUGCCUGUGGGAUGGCAGAGCUUGUCAUGAUGUUACUAGUCAUAUCCUCAAACUUAAUCUCAGUUUUCAUUUCCUAGAAGCUACUCACAUUGAUCCAUCUUUGACGGAGCUACAAAAUUUGAUUUAUUUGGACUUGUCUUGGAACAACUUCAAUGGUGUCCCAAUUCCUAUCUCUUUUGGUUCUAUGGAGCAAUUAAGAUAUCUUUCUAUCUACUAUGCUAAUUUCACAGGGAAGAUUCCUGCCAAUCUUGGAAACCUCACAAACUUGAAAUUUCUUGAUCUCAGUUGGAAUUAUUUGCAAAUCAAUGACAUGAAUUGGGUCUCUAAGCUUCAGCCUUUGCAACAUCUUAACUUGAAUGGUGUUUUCCUUGAUAAAGCUCACAACUUGUUCUAG